CAGAUAUAGUGAAUGCAGGGUCCGGGGAGACCAGAUAUAGUGAAUGCGGGGUCCGGGCAGACCAGAUAUAGGAGACCAGAUAUAGUGAAUGCAGGGUCUGGGGAGACCGGAUAUAGUGCAUGCGGGGACCGGGCAGACCAGAUAUAGUGAAUGCGGGGUCCGGGGAGACCAGAUAUAGUGAAUGCAGGGUCCUGGCAGACCAGAUAUAGUGAAUGCAGGGUCCGGGGAGACCAGAUAUAGUGAAUGCGGGGACCGGGCAGACCAGAUAUAGUGAAUGCGGGGACCGGGGCAGACCAGAUAUAGUGAAUGCAGGGUCCGGGGAGACCAGAUAUAGUGUAUGCAGGGCCCAGGGAGACCAAAUAUGGUGCAUGCAGAGUCCGGGGAGACCAGAUAUAGUGCAUGCGGGGUCCUGG